GCGUGCGUGUGCGUGCGGGCGGGCGUGCGUGCGUGUCUGCGUGUGUGUAUGUGUGUGUGUGUGAGCGUCCGAGAUAGCGACAAAUCGAAGCGUCAGCGGUGGCCAGUGCCAGCGUCGAGUUAAAUUAAUGCGUUGAUAUUCUUGAGCUGAUGUCAGUGGUGGACACAGAUUACACUGAAGUGACGACACUGCAGGAGGUCGUCGUCACGGUAAUUAGUACCACGUCAUUGUCCGAACGUAGACAUCAACUGCCUCAGGCAUCAAGACAAUCGAGUAAGUGAAAAGGCGGAUACCACAACCGAAUCCCAAUAAUAAUAACAGUCGUUUUGCUGCUACUGUUUACUAGGAAGUAAUAAUCUUUGGUGAAUAGUAGCAGCAGCAGUAACACCUCGGACGUGUACUACGGCCACGAUCCGCUUCGCUUGUAUCAUCACUCAGUUGCGUCGUCUCACUUCGUCAAAAAUAGCUUCGAACACAGUCGAUAUCUGUUCUAGCUAAUGAUGAUCUAAAUGAGACCUGCAUCAGAAUUGUGUGUGCUUCGUACAGUGCAAUAAACGGCUAGAUAAUCCACCCACUUCCAACUGAGAAUAAAAAUCGUAUCCCUCGUGAGUUCCGUAUCGGUAGUCGGACCUGAAUUGGCGCUGUAGGUGAUUGUCUGCGUAUGCGUGCACAUCAUUACUCUGUCGGCAGUGUGCUAUCCUACAGCUGCUGCUAUCUGCUAUCCUCCACAGUGGCGUACACUCUCCCUUGCCACGAAUGGUCCGAGUGUCUGGGAGGGCCAUUGCCACCAGCUACAUUUGCGGUUACAGCGGAAUAUAAGAUUAGCUGCAAGAAGCACGAGCUCAUUAUAUGAGCAUAACGGCGCCUCUUGAGUUGAUCAUCGUGGAGCGAUUGUAGUUGUACGCGGGCACACGCGCACACCUCUUGUGCGUCUUCGUGCACCUUACGUAGAAAUGAGUUUAAGAAUACGCUGUGACGGUUCGGGACCGUCGCAGGGGCAGAUGCAGCAGUCUCCUUCUCGAGCGCGCACCGCUCGUGCGGGACGAGAAACCUAUACCGUAAUUUGUGAUGGAUUGCUACUUAGGAAGAUCGCCGUCGGACUAUUGACCGUAUUCGCGAUCAGCAGGGCAGGUGUGAACUCUGCAGACGCCCUUCAGAGAAAUGAGCGGGGCCUAGCAUUAGGUGAUCUUAGCAUAAGGACUUCAGAGGUUACGACGGCCCGUAAAGAAAGUCAGCAACAAAACUUGGACAGUGGUCGAUAUGCAAUUAGCAGUAGUCGAAAAGGAACAAGUACUGAAAAUGACAGUGUGACUGGUGACAGAACUAGAUAUCAGGAUGUUGGCGUUCAUGAUGAAGCACCUACAGAAGCGCCACCCGUGUUCUCAAAUGAAUUCGUUGUGAAAAUGCCGGGCAGUGUUGAGGACGUCAAACGGUUGGCUGAGUUACAUGGAUACUACUACUUGGGAUCGCUGCCCUUCGAUAAUUUGCAUCAUGUACGGCAUCGACGGCUGGUCCAUCGCUCCAUCGAUUUACAUCCUCAUAACGAAAGUGAGCCCUGGGAGGAGAGAAUUCAACAGAAGAUCAAGGUGCGGACAAAGCGUGACUACGGUGGUGAGGAAAACGUGCACUUAUGGCAACGUUGGCAACGCCAGAGUGACGAAACAAUCUAUUCUGCUACUGGGAGAAUGCUCGACGGUAGCUAUUCGAGAGACCACCUACCGCGAACCUCCGUGAGACAAAAAAGGGCGCCACAAUUCAAACCCGAGCGUGAACGGACGCGAAUGAAUGAUCCGAAAUGGCCGCUGCAGUGGUACCUGAACCGGGGAGGGGGGUUAGACAUGAAUGUUGAACGAGCAUGGGCCGAAUUUAACGUAUCUGGCAAGGGCGUCGUCGUCACUAUUUUGGACGACGGACUCGAGAAGGAUCACCCUGACAUUCAGGAAAACUACGAUCCCGAUGCUAGCUAUGAUAUGAAUGAUCAGGACCCAGAUCCUCAACCACGAUAUGAGCAGACCGACAUGAACCGGCACGGUACACGAUGCGCUGGAGAAGUUGCUGGUAUUCGAGAUAAUCAAGUCUGUGGUGUGGGGAUAGCUUAUGGUGCAUCCAUUGGAGGAAUUCGUAUGCUGGACGGCGAUGUGACGGAUGCUGUAGAAGCUAGGUCUCUGAGUUUAAAUUCUCAACACGUCCACGUCUAUUCGGCGUCGUGGGGUCCGGACGAUGAUGCAAAAACCGUCGAUGGGCCGGGUCAGCUGGCGGAUCGCGCCCUAAAGGACGGCAUCCGAAACGGUCGUAAAGGGCUCGGUAGUAUCUUCGUUUGGGCUUCCGGAAACGGUGGUAAAGAGAAGGACAACUGCAACUGUGAUGGUUACGUCAACUCGAUCUAUACGCUAGCAGUUUCAGCAGCUACCGAAAACGGAAACGUGCCCUGGUAUUCGGAGAGUUGUGCAGCAUCGUUGGCUACAACAUACUCAUCAGGCAACUACAAUGAAGGUCAGAUCGUGACGUCGGAUCUUCAUCACAACUGUACGGAGCGACACACUGGCACCUCAGCCUCAGCGCCAUUGGCAGCUGCUAUCGUCGCGCUCGCGCUGGAAUCCAAUCCAUCGUUAACGUGGCGGGACAUGCAACACCUGGCCGUACGAGCAACGAAGCGAGCCAAUCUGAACGCUCCUGACUGGGUGACAAACGGAGUUGGUAGGAAUGUAUCGCAUUCAUUCGGUUUCGGCCUUCUCGACGCACAUCGAAUGGUCGAGCUGGCCAAAAGAUGGCGACGCUCACCACCGCAAAAGGUGUGUACGGUGAGUACACCUCGAAACGAUAGGGCAAUUCCCCCUAAGAGUACGUUGCUUCUUCAUCUGUACGUCGAAUGCAAAAAUGUCAAACAUAUUGAGCAUACUAUUUCCAAGAUUUCGCUACAGGCGGUUCGUCGUGGAGAUCUGCACAUUUACUUAACUUCACCGAAAGGCACAAAGAGCACCUUGUUGACGAUGAGACCGCGCGACGACUCACGUCAAGGCUUUAAUCAGUGGCCCUUUAUGACGGUGCAUAAUUGGGGUGAAGAUCCAAACGGCAAUUGGACCUUAGAAAUUCACAAUGAAGGAGCUUAUCUCGGCAAAGCCACGUUGAGGGAAUGGGCAUUAAUAUUAUAUGGCACCGCUGAGGACCCAGAAGCUCAGCUAAGAUCGGACUUUCCGGAUAAGCUGUUAGGCGAGAUUGAUCAAGGCAAUGAUUUAGGCGGGAAUGAAGGUUCUUCAGGCGUAAGGAGUACAGGCGUCAGAGACCAGAACUGCACAGCUGGCAGCUAUAAACAUAUCACGCACUCAGGUGAAACGUUGUGCGCGCGAUGCCAUUAUUCGUGCCAAGCGUGUAAGGGCCCUAACGACUAUGAAUGCGGUGCGUGUUACCCCGACGCCAUUCUUCAUUCGGACGGAUACUGCUACAACAAAAACCUCCUUGAGAAAUUGGCAGCUCAUUGGUAUUGGCUAAACGCAUUGCUGACGGGCCUUACGAUUUCUUCGAUGCUGUGCAUUAUGUUGGCGUGCGCUCUAGUCUAUCUGGCGUGCAGCGGAGGACGCCCAGGUCAACAACACCGCCCGUCACACAGACGGCCAAGGCCAUACGAGGAACCGGCAGGCGGGCCCGAGACCGAGGAGGGCACCUUGCAGCCGCUCAUCAGCUAGUUUACUGCGAACCCACAACGUCCCGUCCCGAAAGAGAACUAUUACGAUCACAGAACACCAUCAAAACCUUACGUCAGAAACACAGAGUCAUUCCUGCCGCAAAUUGGGCCGUUAUCUUCUCCUGGGCCCUGGCCUGUGAAGCACGCAUAGAGCGGUUAUCUACCCGUUACUACUAUGUGUCCGGUAUUUUUCACACGCAACUGCCAAAAUUUAUAAUUGCAUACAGCGAAUAGUACUAUUCCCGCCACUAUUGACAAGAACACUACGGAUCAACGCAAGAAAGCGCAAUGUAUCAUUAUUAUUAUUGGACAGGAUGAAGGCUUUCACGUGUAUCAUAGCGAGCGACAUUGACGUGAACUCACUUUUAAGGCCUAGACACUUCAGAUAACAAAAUACCCCUUAAGCCAUUGAUGACCACCACCAAAAGUAUCGUAAUUUUAUUAUUGAAGGGAUAAUAUUAAAAUUUUUAAAACCUUUAAUUGAUUGUGUUUCGGAGAUUGCGAAUAUCGACCGAAUACUUCAUUAGCAUAGCCGAGGGGCAAAUUAAAAAUUGAGUUGAUGGAUCUUUUAACCAAUUGACAGCUUUAACGUUGUUAUGUUAACAUCCCAACGAAAGGGUGGACGAUCUAGAAAACAAUAGACCCUUCUACGGUAAGCAUUUUUGUGUAAAAUAAGUUCCGCUCAUGAUAUUUUGUUAUCUAUUCAAGGGACCAAAUGUCGACCAUUCCAUUUUGUGGCUAUAAUCUCACUGAGAUUAGGCUCAGCCGUUUCGGACUUAAUGGCGGUGCAAACAUAGCGGUAACAAAACUUUUUAAGGCACACGAAUGAGUUACUUCGUUGCUUUGAGCCUUUCUAUUUUGAAUAUAGACGGCCUGGUUGAUUGACGUGUUAACUUCUACGAUCGACUUAUAAAUAAAAUUACAUCGUUACAUCGCAGUGGGCUCGCUAGCAUUUGAUACGUCGUGACAGACCAUGGCAGAUUUUUCCGUUUGGGCGAUAUUGUUUUGUUCUGACCGCUUAAGGCGGUCUUGAGAAGCGACAAUGAUGUAUUGUGGUACUUCAACAAGAAGCCAUAGACGUAUCGGUAACUUUUAUAUACCAUAAAAUCUCUUGAAGUCAUGCGGCCUGCACGACGACCACGGAUACCUUAGGGCAUCUCCGCGAGGGAGAAGCUUCGAAGAAGCUCGAAUGUCCUUGCAAUGUUGAUCAAGAGAAUGCGAAAUAUAAUAAUAAUAAUAAUAGCUAUUAUUAUUAUUAUGAAGCAGUAGUUAAUAGUUCACAUCAUUUUUGGAUGGCCAAACAGGCCAAGCAGAGCAGCUUACGGUAGACAUUAGCGUGUCGAUAGAGAAUCAAAGGUUGCAAUUCAAUUAAGGGUAUGAUCAGUGGCGAGGCCGAGCAGAAUGUGUAUAGUAGGGAUCGAUGUUUUGCAAUGGCUUUUAUUAAGCCGAAGAAAAUAAGCAAUGUAACAAGCAAUGACUUUCUGGGUGCGACUGCUGGUGUACGCCGACGAAUAAACAGGACGUGGCGAAGAUUGUUUUUAUUUUUAUCUCGUGGAUAUUGACCAUAGAUAAAAAAACAACAUUUUUUGAUGUUUACACUCGGAUCGUAGUUACUAUUAUAAAAAGUCAGCGGAAAAACGGUAACUUGUGGAUAACGUUUGUGUUGCCUGUACUGUGUCAUAUACUAUGUCAUGUGUAAUAUUUUGUUUAUACUGAUAAUGAAGCAGCGUAUAAUAUUACAUGUAUAGAAAUCAAUCAAAUAUAAAACAGAAUUAGAUAUUGAACGCUCGACCCCCCAACCUAACUCCCCCUGCCCGUAACCGGUCAGCAUAUGAAAAUGCUUAAUCAAGGGGAAGGCGGUAUCUUCCAGAAGUAAACGAGCUGGCGGGCGUUUUCAAAUUCUAUUGUGAGCAUACUUAAACGCUAUUAACUUCAUGCAAGGAAUGAACUAGAUGCUAGAUAAAACAGCGCUAAACAUUUAUCGUCCUUUUUCUAAAGAUAAAAGGUGAAUUCCCGUGACCUAAAGCAAAUACUACAAUUUGUAGUACUACAACAAGGGUUACAGGAUGACUAGGUUUUAGUCUCUUAGAAUUUCCUUGCACAAAGCGACCUAUGUAUAAAGACCUACUUAUGAAGGUAUUGAAUUCAACAUCUAGUCGAAGCACGUAAUCCUACACUACUCGAUCAUGCUGCGUAUUCGAACACCCGAGGACAAUAUAAUAACAGAAUAUAUUUCCAGGUGGUAAGACUCGUAUUUAGCCAGUUCUUGCUGAUAACAAAGGGCAAAAUUUAGUCAGCUAUACAUUUUUCCAAUGGUGAUUAUUAACCAGCAGUGGGGGACGGGGGUUAUGAAGCCUGAGGCAACGAUACCUCUCAUGUAUUAUCUUCAGAUCGCGACCAUUUAUAAAUAGCAGCUAAGGCACCACCAAAAAAUUUGUCCCAUUAUUUCGAUAUCUAUAUAUAUACUGCACAUACCUCGACAGAACCAGCACAUACAUGCAUGUUUUUAUUUCUCCUACUUAAACUUUCAAGUUAUAUCUGGUUACGUGCAUUGUAUCGGGAAUAUGCCAUCUGCUUCGUUAACUAAAAGAAAUCUGUUGCGCGGAGACACAUUCCACUCUGUUGGGGAAUACCUUGAGCGAUGCCUUAGUUUGUAUUAUGACAACUAUCACGUAGCGCUAACUGUGUGUUAGAUAGAUCAUUUUGAUACAGUAUGCCGAACGGAUAAUAUGAUGCAAUGGCACUAGUGGUAGUGGAGAAUAUAUAUACAGUGAAUAUAGUGUAGUAAUAUCAUGAUUUAAAAAUUAGUAUAUGCAGAGAUAUUGAGACGUUUGUUAUUAUACUAUAUUCAUCUCUGAUCUUGAACUUUUUGGCUGUUCAAACGCAUCUGAGAGCAACCGGCAACAGUAUAGGUACAUCAAAGAUGGCCAAAGUCGCGAGUUAAUAUGUUACAUUUAACUUAUGUUGAAAUCUAACAAAAAAGAGAAAGUUCAACAGACGAACUAAUUGAUCUUUAGGUGCCGAGGUAAGCUGGAUAAUUAUUCAUGCAGCAGUUAUACAGCUCAUCUCAAAUGCAUGUAGACGUUACUUAACGAAAUCCUAGAAAGAUAAAGCAAAAUAAAAGGGGGAAAACUGUGCACGGUAAAUAUAUCGUAUAAAUACACGGUGAUCAUACGUUUGUAAUUGUGUAUGUAUUAUAGGAAGGUGUUUGAGGAGCUAUUAUUUAUUUUAGUAGCGAAUGGUGAUAGAUUGAUGAUGUAUGAGUUGAACGAUAGUGGUGAUUAAGUAAGAGGCGAAAAGGGCCGAAGAGAUAGACAUAUGUGGUCGUGAUCAAUGUAUGACUGAUGAUUUUAACUCGUACAAUGCUUAGUAAGCAAGGCUUAGUCGCGUCUGGGGCGCCCUGGCUGAGGCUUGCUGUAUGUUGUAGAAUGGGUCGUCUUAUUGUACAGAAAUAGUUGAAUGAAAAGGAAAAUAAGGUAUUGUAUGAAAAGCGGAGGCGAAGUAAAAUCGGCUUGACAAAUGUCCUCAAUCGAUAUUGAGAUAGAUUAACGGUUGGCAACGAAGAUUUUUAAGGGAAGAAAAUAGUACAGAAAUAAAUUGACGAAAUAUUUAUUUAAAAU